AUGCGGGUUCAGCAAUUAUUUAUAUUAAGUACCUUAGCGGCCCUUGCACUUUAUUCAAGCUUUUAUGGGUUUUCCACAUAUAAAAAGCAGGAUGUUUCAGCAAUAAAAACCUGGCUUGACGAGCAUUCUGUCCCAUAUGGUACACGAUCCACUCCUGCCGAGUUCCGAGAUUUUCUGGUUGAACACUAUGAGUCACUGAUCCCAAGAUUUAAAGAAGCUACUGGUUUCGAAUCAUCUAGCUGGAUCGGUAAAAAGACAUCUCCUUAUUUUGACAGUGCCAAAGAGAAGAUGAAUAAGGCUAGUCAACACAUAGGAAACGUUGCCUCUGGUGCAAAAGGUACGACUUCUGACGUAUGGGACGAACAGAAGUCUCGCUUUUUCGAUGCUUGGAACGACUCCCAACUUCGUGCAUUUUUAGCUCGUUACAGUGACGCAUUUGCUCCGGUUGAGAAAAGACGUUUGCUUGAAAAACUAUCUCCUUCUUCUCUUCGUAAACUGGCCGUCAAGGAAUAUAAGCUAUUAGUAACUAAGCUAGGUGAAACUGGCGAUUGGGUGUACGAUACUUGGUCAGAUAAUGAGCUUCGCACUUGGCUUCAUGAUAUGGGAGUCCCAAUACAAGCUCAUGAAACCCGUCCUCAUAUCCUCAGCAAGGUAAAAGAAACCAUGUCUGAACAAUUGGAGUCUGGUAAACCUGUAGUUGACUCCAUCAAGAAGGAUACCACGGAGAAAGCAGAUAAAGUCGGUAAAUAUGCCGAUGAUGCCAGUAAGAAGGCAGAAGAUUAUGCAGAAUAUGCUUCCAAGAAACUUACCGAAGCCGGUGAAAACGUUGGCGAUGAUUUACAGAAAAAGGCUGACAAGCUUCACGAAGCCUCUCAAGGUAAAGGCCGUGUAGCUACCUGGUGGUCUGAAUCUGGAUUGAAGGCAUAUUUGGACGCUAGGGGAAUUAAUAUCUACCAACCAUCUGCGCUUGACAAAUUGUGGGCUUCGGCUCGUCGACAAUACUACCUGAGGACAAACGGUUACGAAAGUUUAAAAGCAACAGUAAAGGAGCAUGUGUCUUCUGCCACUGAUAGUGCUUCCGGCGCUGUUUCCGAUGUAGCUUCAGAUGCUUCUACUGCAGCGACCGAUGUAUAUCACGGUGCUACCACGAAUGCUAAUCAAAUUAAAGAUGAAAUCAAGCAUGCAAAAAGUUCAAAUGCACGCGCUGUCUCCUCAAAGACUGGGGACCUCAAACAUAGGGCUUCUAAUGCUGCUUCCUAUGCCUCUGAUAAACUUGAUCAAGGCUCGGAAAAAAUUAAAGCCCAAAAGGAAGCUGCUUCUUCAAAAAUUCGCGAUCUGGUAGAUGAAAAUGUAUUGGAAAAAUGGCAAGAAUCUAAACUUCGCGAGUUCCUUUAUUUACGUGGUGUGCCUGUCCCGAAAAAAAGCAACAAGCAAAAAUUGAUAGGCAUCGUUCGUAAGCAUUAUAACAAAGGAACAAUCCCUCAUUGGGCUGUGUAUUUCAACACACUUAGUUCGAAGGAAUUAAGUAGUUGGAUUCAAGAAUUCAAAAAGUAUUAUCACGGCAAACUUCAUCCUUCCAAGAAUCGUGAACAUUUGGUUCAGAAUGCUUGCAACAUCUAUCGUUCCCUUACUAAUCAAGGAAACAAAUCCAUUCUUAAAAAAGCAGAAAAGAAUUUCUCAAAAGCUUCUCUUCCCGAGUACGCUGGUUGGUCCAAUGAAGAUAUAAAGUCUGCUUUGUCCGAAUACGGAGAGGCCAUUAAUAAACCCUUCCAUCGUCAAGAUGCAAUCGAUAAAUUGAAACAUCAUGAUUUGUUAUUUUAUGGACCCGUCCCCACUAACGAACAACAGGGUGUUUUUGGAUUCUUACAACGUGUAGGCUCUUACAUCGGAUUUGGAAAGCGCACCUCUCCAGAAGAAAAGCUUGGAGCGGACUAUGUCAAUGUGAAAAAGAAUAUCCCGAAAGUAGCAUCUAAAUACGCUACUUCCGCUUCAGCUUAUGUGGAUUCGAAUGCCAAAAAGUUCCAAACGGCUUAA